CCACACACCCAAAUCAGUUACACAGAGCCAUAACCAUGGCUACUCUAAGCUUCAACUCCACAAGAAUCAAAACCCCAUCUUUCAACUACACCAACCCAAUACUCACCAAACUCACCUCUUCAAAACCCAUAAUCAAGUUCCCAUUUUUCACUUCCUCCAACAAAAAACACUUCCUUAAAUUUCAAACAUGUUCUGUCUCAGAUACCUCAGUAACAACAACGCAGAAAGAAUUUGAAGAAGAAGAAGACAAAGAAGACCCAACUGCUGAAACAUGUUAUCUUGAUCCAGAAACUGAUCCUGAUAACUUAUUAAGCUGGGAAUUGGAUUUUUGUUCUAGACCCAUUCUUGAUAUUAGAGGAAAGAAACUUUGGGAGCUUGUUGUUUGUGAUAAAUCUCUUUCACUUCAAUAUACUAAGUAUUUUCCUAAUAAUGUUAUUAAUAGUAUUACUCUUAAGGAUUCUAUUGUUGCUAUUUGUGAUGAGUUGGAUAUACCUGUGCCUAGAAACAUUCGCUUCUUUAGGUCACAGAUGCAGACAAUUAUUACAAAAGCAUGUAAGGAGCUUGGCAUAAGAGCUCUUCCCAGUAAACGGUGUUUGUCAUUACUUUUAUGGCUAGAGGAACGCUACGAAACUGUAUAUACAAAACAUCCUGGAUUUCAAAAGGGAUCCAAGCCUCUUUUGCCAUUAGACAAUCCCUUUCCCACGAAACUUCCAGAAGAUCUUUUUGGUGAAAGAUGGGCAUUUGUUCAGUUACCUUACUCAGCUGUUCGAGAGGAGGCCUCGGCAUCAGAGGAAAGAUUUGGCUAUGGUUCUGGGCUAGAUCUUGAUUUAUUGGGUAUUGAAAUCGACGACAAGACGUUGAUCCCAGGACUGGCUGUUGCAUCUUCUCGUGCAAAAAUAUUAUCAGCUUUUAUGAAUGGAUUGGAGCUCUGUGCUAUUGAAGCAGACACUGCUCGCGGUAACCUGACUCUUUCAGUUGGAAUUUCGACUCGGUAUGUAUACGCGACCUAUAAGAAAAGUCCUACCACAACUAAAGAAGCUGAUGCUUGGGAAGCAGCUAAGAAAGCUUCUGGAGGCUUGCAUUUCCUUGCAAUCCAAGAUGAGUUAGAUUCUGAAAAUUGUGUUGGCUUCUGGCUUUUGCUAGACUUGCCACCUCCACCUGUAUAAUCAUACAAAUUAUUAUGACUGAAUAUUUUAAAAGAAAUAAAUUCUUAUAAUAGAAUCAUUACUAGCUAAAA